AUGCCUCGUGCCAGUAUUGUCUUAUACUUCGAGCUCCAGCCUUCCGCCAGCCCGGCAGCUGUCAAAAAAUGGAUUCGAUACCUUGAAAGCAACAUACCAGGCUGCAACUCAGUGUGCAGGUUGGUCGCGAGUGACACGACAAGCGAUGAAAAAUCUUACGCCAAGGAGUUACUGAUCGACGUGCAAGACGGAGAUGCCAUCACUGCAGAGCUGGUGGAUUCGUGGCGAGCGGUUGGGGCAGACGUCCUCAAGUAUUCGGAUUGGAUUAUCUACCAAGAAAUAUCCCGCGACUACAGGAAAGGCCUAUCAGCAGACCAGUAUCCUCCUACGAACACGGAGUUGUGGUUCAACGAAGAACAUCUUGAUAUGCUCGCCGAUGUUCCCGGUUGGCGCUCAGGGUCGAGGUUCCAGCUGCUGAAGAGAUUCGGAGACAAUCGAGAGCAUGCAUCGAUUUUCAUGUCUGCAAAUGAAUAUGACGAGGAGAACGGGUUGGGUGGGCCGAUUUGGAAGAAAUCGAUCGAUACGCCGUGGACCAAGCGUGUGACAGAAAACCUCUAUGAACCAAACCACAGAAGGACGUGGAAAUACGUCCAGUUGGACGCUUGA